GCCAUGACAGCGUAGGCCGGCGGCGAGAGAUGGAUCGGUUCAGCGAGUGCGGGACGCAGACGGACGCCGUGGUGGUGCUGUCCCUGGCACAGGCUGCCGUGCUGGGCCUGGUGUCCGACAAUGAGCUGCUCGGCGCCACCGUCACCCCCACCGGCUUCUUCCCGGGGCUGGCCGGGGAGCAGCUGGACAAUGCCGCCGCGGAGCCGGGGGAGCCCGAGGGAGAGGAGCAGGUGCCUGGGGAUGGGCAGGACGAGGACGCCCUGGAAGCAGACUGCUCCCUGGAGAAGCAUGCCCGCAGGAGGAAGAGGCCGCCCGUGAGGCUGAUGCCCAAGGUCAAGAGUGAGAAGGCCGAGGUGGAGGCUGAGCCGCCGUACAGCGCGUCGGUGCCCGGGGACGAGGAGGGCGAGGGGCAGCACGGCCACGCGCCGCAGCCCCCAGAGCCCAGCCAGGAGCCGGCGGUGCAGAGCGGGGCCGUGAAGAUGAUCGACCUGGGCACCUUCAGCAGGAAGCCCCGGCGGCUGCGGCACCUGCGCCGGCACCGGGAGCCGGAGGGCAGCGAGCGCCGGCGCAGGGGCAGCGACCCGGCCGGCGGCACCGGGGGGGCCCCACAAACCGCGGGCACCUUCGAGGCGGGGGCUCCGUCCCCCGGGGUGGCCGAGGCCCCCGCGCCGGCGUCCCCCGAGCAGGUGAAGAGCGAGCAGGGCUGUGUCUGGCAGGAGCCGGGCGAGCUGGAGGCGGCCGGCGGCACCAGCGAGCACAGCAGGAAGGCGCAGCUGGACCGGCUGGACAUCAACGUGCAGAUCGAUGACUCCUACCUGGUGGAGGCGGGCGACCGCCAGAAGCGCUGGCAGUGCCGCAUGUGCGAGAAGUCCUACACCUCCAAGUACAACCUGGUGACCCACAUCCUGGGCCACAACGGCAUCAAGCCCCACUCCUGCCCGCACUGCAACAAGCUGUUCAAGCAGCCCAGCCACCUGCAGACCCACCUGCUGACCCACCAGGGCACGCGGCCCCACAAGUGCGGGGUGUGCAGCAAAGCCUUCACGCAGACCAGCCACCUGAAGCGGCACAUGCUGCUGCACACCGACAUCAAGCCCUACAGCUGCCGCUUCUGCGGCCGCGGCUUCGCCUACCCCAGCGAGCUGAAGGCGCACGAGGUGAAGCACGAGAGCGGGCGCUGCCACGUGUGCGUGGAGUGCGGCCUGGACUUCUCCACGCUCACCCAGCUGAAGCGGCACCUGGCCACGCACCAGGGCCCCACGCUCUACCAGUGCCUGGAGUGCAGCAAGUCCUUCCACUACCGCAGCCAGCUGCAGAACCACAUGCUGAAGCACCAGAACGUGCGGCCCUUUGUCUGCACCGAGUGCGGCAUGGAGUUCAGCCAGAUCCACCACCUCAAGCAGCACUCGCUCACGCACAAGGGCGUGAAGGAGUUCAAGUGUGAGGUGUGCGGGCGGGAGUUCACCCUGCAGGCCAACAUGAAGAGGCACAUGCUGAUCCACACCAGCGUCCGGCCCUACCAGUGCCACAUCUGCUUCAAGACCUUCGUGCAGAAGCAGACGCUCAAGACCCACAUGAUCGUGCACUCGCCUGUGAAGCCCUUCAAGUGCAAGGUAGAUGCCAUGAUGGAGCUGGCUGGGGCUGACCACACCGAGCUGGAUGGCCAGCAGGAGAUGGACGACUUCGAGGAGGAGAACUCUUACGGCUACGGGGCCGUGGGCAACCCCCCAGACGAGCACACGCUGGCCGAGCAGGCCAUGAAGGAGAUGGCCUACUACAACAUGUUGUAGCCCAGGCUGGUGGGGCU